GCCGCCUUCCGCUCGGAACGGCCGGCUAUCUAGCUAGCUGCACCGGCCGGCGGCCGCACGCCAUCGAGCCUUACUUUGCAGCUUAGUGACAUCAUGUCGAAGCGGUCGUUCGGGCCGAAGAAGAGGCUGAGGCGAGGCCUCUGGUCGCCGGAGGAGGACGAGAAGUUGAUGAACCACAUUGCCAAGUACGGCAACGGCUGCUGGAGCUCUGUCCCCAAAAUCGCAGGCCUCGAGAGGUGUGGCAAGAGCUGCAGGCUGAGGUGGAUAAACUACCUGAGGCCUGACCUGAAGAGGGGCGCCUUCUCGCAGGAGGAGGAGGACCUCAUCAUCCACCUCCACUCCAUCCUCGGCAACAAGUGGUCGCAGAUCGCCGCGCAGCUGCCGGGACGCACCGACAACGAGGUGAAGAACUUCUGGAACUCCUUCAUCAAGAAGAAGCUCCGCCAGCGCGGCAUCGACCCUGCCACCCACAAGCCGCUCACCCCUGCCGUCGCCAGCGUUGUGAGCCGCCCCGCUGUGUUCAGCGACGCCGAGCUCAUACUGUCGGCGACGAUGGAAGACCACAUGCCGCCGCCCUUGGUGUCGGCAGAGAGCUACGCUUAUGGCCGAGGCAACGGGGACGGCGACGGCUCCCUGUCGUCGCUGUCGGCAGGGUACGACCACACGGCGGACUUCGCCGGGUACCUGGACGCGGACGUGCUCCACGGCGGGGUCAUCCCAUCGGUGUCGAGCUGCAGCACGCUAAACUCCGUGGCCGGCCUCAGCCCCGGUGCCGCCGCCGCCGCCACCGACGAGCAUUGCUGCAACAACAACCCGAGCAGCAGCGGCGGGUUCGAGUCUUCCACGACGCAGAGCAGCAGCCACCUGCCCUGGCUGGAGCUGGGGUCCAUCAGCAGCUGCACGGAGGACGCCACCGCCGGCGCCGACAACUACGGUGCGGCGCUGGACGAGCUCAAGUGGUCCGACUACGUGUUCGACGGCGGCUACCAGCAGUACCAGCAGGGCCAGUGCAUCUACGGCGAUAACAAGGCCGCCGAUGCGGCGGCGUCCCAGUUCGACGCGCAAGGCGGGCUCGGCAUCAACUGGUGCUUGAAUUAGUCAAUGAAUCCAACCAGCCAACGCCACCGGCGGCCGGCGAGCAAUCAAUUGUACUAGCUCGCCAAGCUUAAGAAUGUAUACACGAAUACGUACGUACGUAAGAAUCAAGAUAUAUACUAGCUAAUGUGUGGCGAGCGAGGUUUUUGGCUUGUACAUUUCUUCCCAUUCGUUCUUCUUUCUUCUUGAGUGAUUGAUUGAUCUGUAACUUUGCGUGUAAAGUGAACAUGAUGAAACAAAAAGACAUGGAGGAUACAUGUAGAAAAUGAGUUUGAUUUUCGCGUGCUUAAUUUAUUAAUAAAGAGUGUGGUGAUGAUUAAUCAAUCACAGCUUCGA